CAUAGCCCAUUAAACCGCGCAGGUUUUGCGUUAGCCGACGAGAGCUACGUCGUCACCAUAGUUUCUUCAGCGUUUCAACCUGCGAGCGGAAGUCUGCUGCAAUCUUCUUCGUCUUCUUCAGUUUCAUGGUUGCCUUAAUUCGUCAAUAUGGACUGGGUAUGUUGGAAUUUUAGAAGAUUUUUAAGGAGAUAUGGUGCUCAAAUUGGCGUCACAAAAUUUACUUUCAUGUUUUUUCAAGUGUAGGAGUGAAUGAGGUCCAUUUGGGGUAACCAAAAUUUGUAACUUUCACAUGGCAUCUGGUGCAUUUACGAUUACAACAAGUGAAAAAGCAAUGAAAGAGAGAUGAGUACGAUCACAGGUGCUGAGUUGUAUUUUGUUUUCUUGUUUGCAUAACAGAAUCUGUCUAGUUGUGAUGGCAUGUGCUGAUGCUUCUUGUUGGUAGAAGACCAAGUUUUGGCAUUACAUCUGUCCGGGCUUGCUCUACUGCUAUCUCUUUUACUGGCUGUCAUUUCAGAGGCUUAGCCACUAUGAAAGAAGAAGGAAUGGAUAAUUCCGUUGAUUUUUCUGCUAUUUCUCGUGAAAAAUUGCCUGUUUUACCACCUAUAGUUGCAAGGAAUGGCCAGAAAUGUUCAUCCUCUAAAGUUCAGGCAACACCAGAAAUUGAGAAGAAGUAUGUCCAUCGGGUUUAUGAUGCUAUUGCACCCCAUUUUAGUUCUACUCGGUUUGCAAAAUGGCCCAAAGUCCAAACGUUCUUGAAUUCUCUGCCUUCAGGAUCACUUGUUUUAGAUGCUGGCUGUGGCAACGGGAAAUACUUGGGGCUGAAUCCAAACUGCUAUUUCAUUGGAUGUGAUAUUAGUGCUCCCCUUAUUAAUAUAUGUGCAGAUAAGGGGCAUGAAGUUUUAGUUGCUGAUGCAGUAAAUCUACCUUAUCGAUCUGGUUAUGGUGAUGCCGCAAUUUCUAUUGCAGUCUUACAUCACCUGAGCACGGAAAUUCGGAGAAAGAAAGCAGUAGAAGAAUUAAUCCGUAUUGUAAAACCAGGUGGCCUUGUGUUAAUUACAGUUUGGGCUAGGGAACAAGAAGAUAAGGCAUUGGUUAAUAAAUGGACUCCUCUUAAUCAGAAGUACUUAGAAGAGUGGAUAGGACCUGGUAGCCCUCGGGUUCGUAGCUCUUCAUCUUCAUUUUCUUUAAAAAGCAUUCCAGAAACUGAAGAAAAUGUUUCGGUGGAGCAGUUGAAAGAUGUAGGUGAAGAAUCUGCUGAAAAGAACCCGCAUGAAAUAAUGUGCUCAAACUCUAAUGAUGGACAUUCUCCAUUGGAUUCUAAAAAUAAAGCGAGUAAUCUAUAUCAGCAAGAAUAUUUUGUACCAUGGCACUUACCCUAUCAUCGUGCUGAAGUAAGCGGAGCGUCUGUCAAUGCUGUAGCUAAUGGUUUGGCAAGGAAAGACGAUAAGAAGGGCGCCGUGGUGUAUGACAGAUAUUAUCAUGUUUUCAGUGAAGGUGAACUUGAAAGGUUAGUUUCUGGUGUGGAUGGUGCUGACAUUGUCGACAGAUUCUAUGAUAAAUCAAACUGGUGCAUUAUCCUUGAGAAAACUUCGUCAUAAAUUGGGUCCUGUUCGUCAAUCUUGUAACCAGUGAACUUCACCGAAAAAAUACUUCAGUUAUCUUGUUUUGAAGCGUUUUACAAUGUUGGAGUAGGUGAUCUUGCAAGCUGAGGCAAAACGGCUCAGAAGAGUUUGAUUUUGGCAACAAAAUACAUCCGAAACAAGAUCCGAGAGCCCUUCAACCAGCAAGAAACCGGCAAUUCAUGAGAUUUUGCACAGGAACGUCAUAUUUUAACUUUUGGAGGUUUGUUGAGGGCGGGCUGUCUCGUCCUUCCAUUAUACAUCUGUGCUUCAGUUUCAAUGUACCACUAGUAGCCUUUGUAAAGACCUGAUAUUUUACUGUGUUGAAAGCCUCACAACAGAUGCCGCAUCUAUAGAAGAUGCUGUUUUGUGUUGAAAAGAUGACGAUAAAUUUUGAACUAGAAUAGAUGCUUGUUUUCCAUAUCA